AUCGAACAGCUGAAACGACGUGACGACAUCGUCAUCACCAAACCAGAUAAAGGAUCGGGAGUGGUCGUAAUGGAUAAGUCCGAAUAUCUGCGACUAUUAUCCGAAGCUUCCAUCAAUGAUUCCAGUAAAUUUCAAGCUGUUCCCCUGGAAAGGCCCUCGAGUAAAGGUAGACCGCCAACAUAUUACCACCCCCUCCUAAAGAAAGAGAAAGAUUUAGACGCCAUUGUUCGUAGAAUUCUGCCUAAGUCCAUAGCAGAUACUGUUCGUCCUACAGGUUCCAGAUUAGCGCAUAUGUACGGCUUACCGAAAACACACAAGGAGCGCUUGGCGAUGCGCCCUAUACUAUCAGCAACGCAAACUUACAACUAUGCACUGGCGAAAUGGCUCGACACUAAACUUAAGCCUCUCUCUCUGAAUCGCUACACAGUAACUAACAUUUUUUAGUUUGCCUACGAAAUUCGCAAAUUGGAAAUACCAAACGGCGACAUUCUGGUUUCUUACGACGUGUCCCCCCUCUUUACCAAAAUACCCUUGGAUGAAACAAUUGAGAUAUUCGCGAACAGAGCUUUUGACAACGACUGGUUUAAUACAACCUAUGACCUGAACCUGACCAAAACGGACCUUGUUGACCUUCUCAGUGUAGCUACAAAAGGACAACUCUUCCAGUAUAAUGGAGCACUUUACGAACAGAUGGAUGGCGUGGCCAUGGGUUCCCCCCUUGGUCCCCUGCUAGCUAAUGUGUUCAUGUCUUCAAUUGAAGAAAACCUCGAGCGAGAGGGUAAACUCCCUUCCUUCUAUCGAAGGUACGUUGAUGAUACACUUACUAUCAUGCCAAAUAUCGCAACAGCAUCUAACUUCCUGGACACGCUUAACAAGGCACAUUCUUCCGUAAAAUUUACGAUGGAAACCGAAUGCAAUGGCAUGCUCCCUUUUUUGGGCAUCCAGUUACUGAACCGAUCGCCCCAAAUAGAGACAAAGGUGUACGUAAAACCCACGAAUUCAAGUCUCCUCUUACAUUACCAAAGUCACGUUGACAAUCGGUACAAACAGGGUUUACUCUGAACUAUGCUGGGUCGAGCACAUCGUUUAUCUUCUUCUUGGUCACACUUCUCAGACGAAUGUGACCGAUUGAAGACAGUAUUCUCGCGUUUAAAGUACCCCUAACACCUCAUCGACUCUGCCACCAAAAAUUUCGUUGACUCAAAGGUUUGUGACCAGCAGCGACCAUUAUUACCAACUAAAGAGACGGAUGACACAAUACGAGUGGUUCUACCAUUUAAAGACCAAACCUCAGCAAAUUUUGUGAAAGGACAACUCAAGGAUCUGAGCCUAAAAGUGAACACCAACAUCCAGCCUGUAUUUGUCAGCCGAAAAAUUGAUCAAGAACUGAAUGUGAAAGAAGCAAAGCCAUCGAUCGUAAAUGAACAGUGUGUUGUUUAUAAAUACCAAUGUGACCUGUGCGAUGCAGGUUAUAUAGGAUACACACGCGGACAUUUACACAAUCGUGUAAAAGGACAUAAACAACAGUCCUCAGCCAUUGCCAAACAUUGCAAGAACGUACACGGGACCAUCCCUCAGGACCUACUGAAAUGCUUCGAAGUUCUUAAGAAGUGCAGGAACAAAUUUGACUGCUUAUUA